GAAAAGAUUUCAUUUUUUCCCGGGUCGGCUAAGUGAUAUUUUAGUGCGCUGUUGCUCGGAUCUUAAAAUAUCGCCUCGACUGUGCGAGCGCUCACCAGUUGAUCGCCGUCCGUAGACCAGUCGUAGUUGAACAUCGUGAAACUAGCAAAGUUCCUGCAAAAACCGGGCCGUGGAUUACGGUUUUUGCAGCUAUCCAGUCGAAAAGCUUUGCCUGGAGGGCAACCGCUCCGAAACACUCGCGAAUCGUAAAUCGUGAUUGCGAAACGACGGAUAUCAGUGGUGGGUGGAUCUAAUCUCAUCAUCAUAUUCCAGCGUCAUUUAUUUCCAUUUUUUGUUAAUAAAAGAAACCAUCCUUGAUAAAGCAAACAGUGAAGUGUAAAAAAAAAGUCAGUUACGAUAGUUCUCAGCAAACGGCAACAAUCGACUCGUGGGAAAAAAAGUGAACUACGAAAACCAAGAGAGAAAAAAAACUAAAUUGUGUGCAUACUCGAACCCACCCAACACGGGCCUGGAUAGCAGCAUCGCUGGGCACAUGAAGUGACGCAAAGCUUUGUGAGCGGAUUCCAUUUUUAUUAGUUUUUAUGUUUUUGGUUUUGGAGACCAAAUUGAAAUAAAGAACAGUGCACCAAAUCGGAUCACUCGAACAAGGGCGUACACACCGCAAGUAGUCAGCGACCAUGGCGGAAGCGGAAGGAGGGUCCGAGCAGGAUGAUGUUUCAUUCCUGCGGACGGAAGACAUGGUCUGUCUGUCCUGCACGGCAACCGGCGAACGAGUCUGCCUGGCGGCCGAAGGGUUCGGCAAUCGGCACUGCUUUCUCGAGAACAUAGCGGACAAGAACAUCCCACCGGACCUGUCGCAAUGUGUGUUCGUCAUCGAGCAGGCGCUCUCGGUUCGUGCUCUGCAGGAGCUGGUCACGGCUGCCGGCUCAGAAACCGGAAAUGAUUCGGUAGGUAAAGGAACUGGUUCCGGCCAUCGAACUCUGCUGUACGGUAAUGCAAUCCUACUGCGCCACAACAACAGCGAUAUGUAUCUAGCUUGCCUGUCAACUUCGUCAUCCAACGACAAACUGUCGUUCGAUGUAGGUUUACAGGAGCACAGCCAGGGUGAGGCCUGCUGGUGGACAGUACAUCCGGCGAGCAAACAGCGUUCCGAGGGUGAGAAGGUUCGUGUUGGUGACGACUUGAUCUUGGUGUCUGUUGCCACCGAGCGUUAUCUGCACACGACAAAAGAAAAUGAUCAAUCGGUCGUGAACGCGAGCUUCCACGUAACGCACUGGAGCGUUCAGCCUUACGGUACUGGUAUCUCGCGUAUGAAGUAUGUCGGUUACGUCUUCGGAGGUGAUGUUCUUCGCUUUUUUCAUGGUGGUGACGAGUGUCUGACAAUACCCAGUACAUGGGGUGAGGACCCUGGGCAGAAUAUCGUCGUCUAUGAAGGUGGAUCGGUCAUGUCCCAAGCAAGAUCUCUUUGGCGACUGGAACUGGCACGAACCAAAUGGGCUGGAGGUUUCAUCAACUGGUCCCAUCCGAUGAGAAUUCGACAUUUAACCACCGGUCGCUACCUGGGUGUCAACGAUAACAACGAGCUGAUUUUGACACCUCGAGAUCAAGCCACAACCUCGCAGACAGCAUUCGUGCUACGCUCCGAGAAGGACGACCAGAAGGUAGUUCUAGAGGACAAAGAUCUCGAGGUGAUCGGAGCUCCAAUCAUCAAAUAUGGCGAUUCAACGGUUAUUAUGCAACACUAUGAAACCAGCCUGUGGGUCAGCUACAAGAGCUACGAAACGAAAAAGAAGGGCGUCGGUAAGGUGGAGGAAAAGCAAGCCAUCCUACACGAGGAAGGAAAAAUGGACGACGGCUUGGACUUCUCCCGCUCGCAGGAGGAAGAAUCCAGGACCGCUCGUGUAAUUCGCAAAUGUAGCAGUUUGUUCACCAAGUUUAUCAAAGGCCUUGAAACCCUGCAGGAAAAUCGCCGUCAUUCGAUCUUUCUGCAGACCGUCAACCUAGGUGAGAUGGUCAUGUGUCUGGAAGAUCUAAUCAACUACUUCGCUCAACCGGGAGAAGAUAUGGAGCAUGAGGAACGUCAAAACAAGUUGCGAGCUCUGCGUAACCGGCAGGAUCUGUUCCAAGAGGAGGGAGUGCUGAACUUAAUCUUGGAAGCUAUCGACAAAAUCAACGUUAUUUCAUCGCAGGGAUUCCUAGCUUCCUUCCUGGCUAGUGACGAAUCUGGCCAGAGCUGGGAUAUGAUUUCCGGUUAUUUGUAUCAACUACUGGCAGCCAUUAUCCAGGGUAACCAUACCAACUGCGCACAGUUCGCCAACUCGAACCGGCUGAACUGGUUGUUCUCCCGACUUGGCUCGCAAGCUUCCAGCGAAGGCUCCGGUAUGUUAGAUGUUUUGCAUUGCGUUCUCAUUGACUCACCUGAAGCGCUGAAUAUGAUGAGAGAUGAACAUAUCAAAGUGAUUAUUUCACUACUGGAAAAGCACGGGCGUGAUCCGAAAGUUCUGGAUGUUUUGUGUUCACUCUGCGUGGGUAAUGGAGUAGCCGUACGUUCUUCACAGAACAACAUCUGUGACUUCUUGCUACCGGGGAAGAACCUUCUGCUACAGACAGGUUUGGUUGAUCAUGUUGCCAGCAUUCGUCCGAACAUUUUUGUUGGACGAGUUGAGGGCUCCGCUGUCUAUCAGAAGUGGUAUUUUGAAGUUACCAUGGAUCAUAUCGAACAAACGACCCACAUGACACCGCACUUACGAAUUGGAUGGGCUAAUAUGACGGGUUACGUACCGUACCCCGGUGGCGGCGAGAAAUGGGGCGGUAAUGGUGUCGGUGAUGAUUUGUAUUCCUACGGAUUUGAUGGAGUCUAUUUCUGGUCGGCCGGACGUCGAACACGUAUUGUUCCUAUAGAUGUUACCGAACCGUUCAUCAAGAAGGGAGACGUUAUCGGAUGUACUUUGGAUCUGAGCGUUCCGGUUAUUCGUUUCACCUUCAACGGUGAACCAGUGCAUGGAUGCUUUACGGAUUUCAACCUAAAUGGAAUGUUUUUUCCCGUGAUGAGCUGCUCGUCUAAACUAAGUUGCCGAUUCCUCUUCGGUGGCGAUCACGGUCGCCUUAAAUUUGCUCCACCGAUUGGGUUUUCACCUCUAGUGCAGUGCCUUAUGCCCACCCAAAAUCUUAGCUUGGAUCCAUGUUUCUACUUUGGAAAUUUGAACAAAAACGUACUAGCCGGUCCGUGGAUGGUAGAAGACGAUACGGCUUUCGUUCCAAAGCCUGUUGACACUACGACCGUAACUCUGCCGGCGUCCGUAGAAACGAUCAAGGAUAAACUGGCGGAGAAUAUCCACGAGAUGUGGGCUUUGAAUAAGAUCGAAGCUGGUUGGACUUGGGGUGAACGUCGCGACGACCUUUAUCGAGUUCAUCCAUGUUUGACAUCUUUCGAAAAACUACCGGCUCCUGAGAAACGGUACGAUUGUCAACUGGCCGUUCAGACGCUGAAAACUAUCCUUUCCCUAGGAUACUACAUCUCGAUGGACAAGCCACCGGCACGAAUUCGUCCAAUCCGUCUACCGAAUGAUCCAUACAUGCAAGGUAAUGGCUACAAGCCAGCACCACUUGAUCUAAGCGCAGCCGUGCUAACUCCAAAGAUGGAGGAGCUAAUCGAUCUCCUCGCAGAAAACACGCACAAUCUGUGGGCGAAGGAACGUAUUCAGCAAGGCUGGACGUACGGUCUGAAUGAGGAUGGCGAAAACCGUCGUAGUCCACAUUUGGUUCCAUACAGUAAGGUCGAUGAGGCCAUAAAGAAGGCCAACCGUGACACGGCCUCGGAAACAGUUCGCACUCUACUGAUCUAUGGAUACAACUUGGAUCCACCGACUGGUGAAGCAAACGAGGCUUUGGCAGCCGAAGCACUGCGUCAGAAGUUUUCUGCUUUCAGGACCUACCGCGCGGAGAAGACGUACGCUGUUACAUCUGGCAAGUGGUAUUUUGAGUUUGAAGUGCUAACUGCCGGACCCAUGAGGGUGGGUUGGGCUCGCGCAGAUUGCAAUCCCGGUACGAUGCUUGGCAGUGAUGAUUCUUCUUGGGCUUUCGAUGGAUAUAAUGAAGAAAAAGUGUCUGGAGGUGCAACGGAAUCAUUCGGCAAACAGUGGGUACCUGGCGAUAUAGUUGGUGUAUUUCUUGACUUAGUGGAUCAUACGAUCAGUUUCUCAUUGAACGGUGAACUGUUGAUGGAUGCUCUUGGAGGCGAAACCACGUUUGCUGAUGUCAAUGCUCCAGAAGGAGUAGGAUUCGUUCCAGCUUGCACCAUUGGGAUUGGACAGAAAGCCCGCGUCGUCUACGGUCAGGAUGUAGACUCGCUCAAGUGGUUCACGACUUGCGGUCUACAGGAAGGUUAUGAGCCCUUCUGUGUCAACAUGAAACGUGCCGUCACGCACUGGUACACGAAGGAUCAGCCGAUCUUUGAGAACACCGAGGACAUCCCCGAUUGUAAAAUCGACGUCACCCGCAUUCCGGGAGGUGCCGAUACGCCACCAUGCCUGAAGAUCUCGCACAACACCUUCGAAACGAUGGAAAAAGCCAACUGGGAGUUUCUGCGGCUAUCGCUACCCGUGACCUGCGCUACGAACUUUAUCGACGAACAAGAGAAGAUGCGCCGCUGGGAAGAGAUCCGCAUUCGUCAGCACCGCCUGCUAGCGGAAGCCGAGCACCAGACAUCGGCUCACUUCGAUCACAUCAUGAAGAGUGGCUUCACCAUGAACGACAUCAAAGGUUUGCACCGCAACUACUCGGAUGAUGCAGCGGAGGCGGACGAGGGUAUGCGAAACGGGCCCCAACGUCCGUCACGUGUCACCAGACGGCCGGACGCUCUCAGCCCUCCAGGAAUCGAAAUCAACGGUGAAAUGCACAUGUCCGAUGGUGAGAACGCCUACUCGGAUAACGAGCUGGAAGGCGACGACAGGAAGAAACGAGCUCGCAGUCCGUUCCGAUUGUUUGGAAAGAAGCGUGACCAAAGCAAGGAUAAACUUAAGGAUCAACGUACUCCAGAACCCGAGCCUCGUCGAGGAACGAUGCAACAGCGAACGAUUGCGCGUAGUCCAACCACAAGAGCGUCGAAUGUCGAUAUUCGUGGACAACCGCCAAUGACUCCGGACCGCAAAUCACUGGGUGGUGCACCGGUAGAGUCAUUCGGCAACGAGGUCUACGAUGCCGAUUGUCUUAAGCUGAUCAACGAAUACUUCUACGGAGUUCGCAUCUUUCCCGGACAGGAUCCUACGCAUGUCUAUGUGGGCUGGGUUACCACCCAGUACCACGUUCACAGCAAGGAUUUCAACCAGGAUAAAGUACGUCACGCUGCUAUCUACGUCGAAGAUGAACACGAAAAAACAAUCGAAGUCGUCAACCGGCAGUCCUGUUACAUGGUCCGUGCUGACGAAUUGUUCAACGAAGUUACCCAAGAUGCCUCUGGAAAGGGUGCAUCGCAAGGAAUGUUCGUUGGAUGCUUUGUAGAUACGGCCACCGGAACCAUUCGGUUCACCUGUGAGGGAAAAGAAACGUCACAUGUGUUCCUGAUGGAACCGGACACCAAACUGUUCCCCGCCAUCUUUGUUGAGGCAACAAGCAAGGAGAUUCUGCAAAUCGAGCUGGGUCGUACGCCAACAACUUUGCCGCUGUCUGCGGCAGUUCUUCCAACCAGUGACAAACAUAUCAAUCCACAAUUCCCACCUAGGUUGAAGAUCCAAUGUCUGAAACCGCACCAAUGGGCUCGUGUACCGAACACUGCAUUGCAAGUGCACGCCUUGAAACUGUCCGACAUUCGUGGUUGGUCAAUGCUUUGUGAAGAUCCAGUAUCGAUGCUUGCUCUCCAUAUCCCGGAAGAGGAUCGAUGCAUGGACAUUCUCGAGCUAAUCGAAAUGGAUAGGCUUCUGUCCUUCCACUCGCACACCCUCACUCUCUACUCGGCACUUUGCUAUCAGUCCAACUAUCGAGCAGCGCACGCGCUUUGCUCCCACGUCGAUCAGAAACAACUGCUGUACGCUAUCCAGUCCGAAUACAUGAGUGGACCGCUGCGUCUAGGAUUCUACGAUCUGUUGAUUUCUCUACAUCUGGAGUCUCAUGCCACCACAAUGGAGGUGUGCAAAAAUGAGUUCAUCAUACCGCUGGGAGCGGAGCUCAAGGAACUCUACGAGGAUGCCGAAAUGUGUCACUCCCUUCGCUCCCUCCAAACGCUAUCGGUAAAACCUGAAAUGAAUAUGACGGAAAUCGCAUCAUCCACACCCCCACAAUCAAAUAUGCAGGCAAUAGUAGCACCAGAUUCUUCCAGUGAACCAAUACCGGCCAUUGAUACGCUUUACUCGCCAAGAUUUCCACUCGAAGUGGUGCGACAGUUCGUUAUGGCUGCCCUGCAAGAGGCAGUCGAAAUCAAUCAAGUUCACAACCGGGAUCCGAUUGGAGGUUCUAACGAGAAUCUCUUUCUGCCAUUGAUCAAGCUAAUCGACCGGUUGCUGUUGGUUGGCGUAAUAACUAAUGAAGAUGUCGGAAAACUGUUGAUUAUGAUCGAUCCGGAAACUUGGGAUCCCACGUUCCAGAAAGAAGGUAAGGAUGAACACCGUAAGGGUUUACUGACCAUGAAAAUGGCAGAAGGAGCGAAGCUGCAAAUGUGCUACCUACUGCAUCAUCUGUACGAUGUUCAACUGAGGCAUAGAGUGGAAAGCAUCAUAGCGUUUGCUCACGACUACGUGUGCGAUCUUCAACAGGAUCAGCUUAGAAGAUACAUCGAGAUCAAGCAAUCGGAUCUACCGAGUGCAGUAGCUGCUAAGAAGACGCGCGAGUUCCGUUGUCCGCCACGAGAGCAAAUGAACGCCAUACUGUGCUUCAAGAAUCUAGAAGGCGAGGAUCUGGAGAACUGUUCUUGUGGACCCGAUCUGCGGGAUCGGUUGUCUGAGUUCCAUGAUGGGUUGAUGAGUAAGGUCUCUCUGAAUGCCCUCCAAGAACCGGAAGAAGAAUCGGCCGAAGCAGGCGAUAAUGUGAAGCCAGGUGUCUUCAAGAAGAUGUCCAAUUUCUUCAAUGCGGUUAAAGAGUUGGAGAUGGACCCCAAGGAACCGGAAGAAGUGGAAAAGAAGACGCCCGAGGAAGUGUUCAGAAAGGUGCUGAUCAAGCAGCUUGUUUCCUGGUCCGAAGAGUCCCAGAUUGAGAACCCCAAGCUAGUACGUGAAAUGUUUGGUUUGCUGGUCAGACAGUACGACACAAUCGGUGAGCUGAUCAAAGCGCUUAACAAAACAUAUGUCAUCAACUCAAAAACGACAAAAGAUGUGGCAAAUAUGUGGAUAGGAUUGAGUCAAAUUCGUGCUCUGCUGCCAGUACAGAUGAGCCAAGAAGAGGAAGAACUGAUGCGCAAACGUCUGUGGAAACUGGUCAACAAUCACACCUUCUUCCAGCAUCCGGAUCUGAUUCGAAUUCUACGAGUGCACGAAAACGUCAUGGCCGUCAUGAUGAACACGCUGGGUCGUCGUGCGCAGGCUCAAAGUGACGCUCCUUCGCAACCCGCCGAAGGUGAAGAAGCUGCACCGAAAGAAAAGGACACCUCCCAUCAGAUGGUGGUCGCUUGUUGUCGGUUUCUCUGUUACUUCUGCCGUACUGGACGCCAAAAUCAACGUGCGAUGUUUGAUCAUUUCGAUUUCCUGCUUGAAAACUCUAAUAUUCUACUCUCCCGUCCAAGUCUUCGCGGUUCUACUCCGCUCGAUGUCGCUUAUUCCAGUUUGAUGGAGAAUACCGAACUGGCUCUGGCCCUUCGUGAGCAUUACUUGGAAAAAAUUGCCGUUUACUUGUCGCGUUGUGGUCUGCAAAGCAAUUCGGAGCUGAUCGAACGUGGAUACCCGGAUUUGGGUUGGGACCCGGUGGAGGGUGAACGGUAUCUGGAUUUCCUCCGGUUCUGUGUAUGGGUUAACGGUGAAAGCGUCGAGGAGAAUGCAAAUUUGGUGAUUCGUCUGCUUAUCCGUCGACCGGAGUGUUUGGGUCCUGCUCUUCGUGGAGAGGGUGAAGGUUUGCUUAAAGCUAUCAUCGAUGCCAACAAGAUGUCCGAACGAAUUGCCGAACGUAGUAAGCUGGGAGAGGAUGCUGAAGGUAUUAUUAGUGGAUUGAACUUUUCACAUCCCUUACCCGAAGGAGAUGAUGACGAGGAUUACAUCGAUACCGGAGCAGCAAUCCUGAGCUUCUAUUGUACCUUGGUGGAUUUGCUGGGUCGUUGUGCACCGGAUGCUGCCGUCAUUGAGCAGGGUAAAAAUGAGUCACUGAGAGCUCGCGCUAUUCUACGAUCGUUAGUGCCACUUGAGGAUCUUCAGGGUGUAUUGAGCCUGAAAUUUACUCUCACAAAUCCAGCAGCUGGUGAAGAGCGUCCUAAGUCCGAUAUGCCUUCCGGUUUAGUUCCAGGCCAUAAGCAGAGUGUUGUUCUGUUUUUGGAGCGAGUCUACGGAAUUGAGACGCAGGAGCUAUUCUUCCGACUGCUAGAGGACUCUUUCCUACCGGACUUGCGUGCGGCAACUAUGUUGGAUCGCAGCGAUGGAUCGGAAAGUGACAUGGCCCUGUCCAUGAACCGUUACAUAGGAAACUCUAUACUGCCACUGCUGAUUAAGCACUCUAAAUUCUAUAAUGAAGCAGAAAACUAUGCAAGCUUGCUGGACGCAACCCUUCACACCGUGUACCGAAUGUCUAAGAAUCGCAUGCUUACCAAAGGUCAACGUGAAGCGGUUUCUGAUUUCUUGGUCGCAUUGACCUCUGCAAUGCACCCCGCUAUGUUGUUGAAGCUAUUGAGAAAACUAACUGUCGACGUCUCCAAGCUGUCGGAGUAUACUACAGUAGCGCUGCGUCUCCUAACCUUACACUACGACCGAUGUGCCAAAUACUACGGAACAACUGGAAGUGGACAAGCUUCACAAUUUGGUGCGUCCUCGGAUGAGGAGAAACGCCUCACUAUGCUGCUGUUUUCAAACAUCUUCGACUCUCUCAGCAAUAUGGAUUACGAUCCGGAGCUUUUUGGUAAGGCACUUCCCUGUCUAAUCGCUAUUGGAUGCGCACUUCCACCCGACUACAGUCUAUCGAAAAAUUCGGACGAUGACCUGUACGGAAAACCAACCAGCAGUCCCGAUCAACCGCAUUACAACCCUCAACCGAUCGACACCAAUGUGGUACAGCUCACGAACGACCUUAAUCAAAUAAUCCAAAAGUUCAGUGAACACUAUCAUGACGCAUGGGCCAGUAAGAAGCUCGAAAACGGUUGGACCUACGGCGAUCAGUGGUCUGAUACCAACAAAACACACCCAAGGCUGAAGCCAUACAAUACUUUAAGUGAAUACGAAAAAGAACGCUACAAGGAUCCGGUCCGAGAGAGUUUGAAGGCCCUGAUCGCUCUCAACUGGAACAUAGAACAUUCGGAAGGAGACGUUCCACUAUCAAACCGGGGCUCUAUGCGUAGACAGUCGAAAGCAAAUCUCGAAUCAUAUACGCAGGCCGACUCAGGUUCACCAUUUAACUACAACCCGCAUCCGGUUGAUAUGACCAACUUGACACUGAGCAGAGAGAUGCAGAAUAUGGCCGAACGCCUGGCAGAGAACUCCCACGACAUUUGGGCGAAGAAGAAGUUCGAAGAGUUGCAUCAAUGCGGUGGCGGAGUCCACUCCCAGCUGGUGCCUUACGAUUUACUCACGGACAAGGAGAAACGUAAGGAUCGCGAACGAUCGCAGGAGUUCCUGAAGUACCUCCAAUACCAAGGAUUGAAAUUGCACAAACCAUCCAGAGGACAAACAGACGAACCCGGAAUUACUGCAGCCGCCAUCGAAGCUCGCUUCGCAUACUCACUUCUGGAGAAAUUGAUUUCCUAUAUUGAUCGUGCCACCAUCAAUAUGAAACUAUUGAAACCCUCGACCACAUUUAGCCGUCGGUCGUCGUUCAAGACCUGUUCACGCGACAUUAAGUUCUUCUCCAAGGUGGUUCUACCGCUGAUCGAAAAGUACUACUCUACGAAUCGCAACUACUUCAUAGCGAUUGCAACGGCCACCAACAACAUCGGUGCGGCAUCGCUCAAGGAGAAGGAAAUGGUAGCCGCCCUGUUCUGCAAGCUAGCGAGUCUCCUGCGCUACCGAAUGGCAGCAUUUGGUGCUGAUGUGAGAAUAACCGUGCGUUGUCUACAAGUACUUGUGAAAAGUAUCGACGCAAAGUCACUCGUCAGAGUCUGCCCGGAGUUCAUCCGGACAUCGAUGCUGACAUUUUUCAACAAUACGUGCGAUGAUUUAGCCCAAACCAUCAUUAAUCUGCAGGAAGGCAAAUACGACAGACUACGUGGUACUCAUCUGAAAACAUCCACUUCACUGGCUUACGUCAAUCAAGUUAUUCUACCGGUGCUGACCUCGCUCUUCGAUCAUUUGGCGGCCUGUGAUUACGGAAGCGAUUUGUUACUUGAUGAAAUACAGGUCGCUUCCUACAAGAUUCUCUCAUCGUUAUACACCCUCGGUACUGAUGCCACUCUAACACGCGAUCGUAAAUAUCUCAAGACCGAAAUUGAACGCCAUAAGCCGGCCCUAGGCUCCUGUUUGGGUGCGUUCAGCUCCUGCUUCCCGGUAGCUUUCCUCGAGCCGUACGCCAACAAGCACAAUCCAUUCUCGCUACUUAAUCGCAUUGCGGACACUUCCCUCGAAGCGCAAGAUAUUAUGACCAAAAUGGAAAGCUCGAUGCCAACGCUGGAAACGAUUCUAGCCGAGGUCGAUCACUUUGUAGAAUCGGAGAAAACCUAUCAGGAAGCACAACACAUUAUCGAUGUGAUCCUUCCGCUCCUCUGCUCCUAUCUACCCUUCUGGUGGAAUCAAGGUCCCGAUAACGUAAGCCCUCAGUCCGGUAAUCACGUAACCAUGGUCACUGCCGAUCAUAUGAACCUUCUGCUCAAGAAUGUGUUGAAGAUGAUCAGAAAGAACAUUGCCAACGAAAACGCUCCGUGGAUGACCAGAAUCGCGAGCUUCACCCAACAGAUCAUUAUCAACAGCUCUGAAGAGCUGCUCAAGGAAGUGUUCUUACCGCUAACGGAACGAGCCAAGAAACGCGUGGAUAGCAUGUUCCACAAGGAAGAAAGCUUACGAGGUUUCCUGAAGUCGUCCACCGAUGACACCUCCCAGAUAGAAGCCCAAAUUCAGGAGGACUGGCAGCUGCUUGUUCGUGACAUCUACUCCUUCUAUCCGCUACUGAUCAAGUACGUUGAUCUACAGAGGAAUCACUGGCUGAAGGACAACAUCUCCGAAGCCGAAGAGCUCUACAACUACGUAGCGGAAAUUUUCAAUGUAUGGUCCAAGAGCCAGUACUUCCUGAAGGAAGAGCAGAACUUCAUCUCGGCUAACGAGAUCGAUAACAUGACCCUGAUUAUGCCUACGACCACGCGUCGUACAGCUGCCGUAUCCGGAGAAAUGCCGGCUGCUGGUGGAAAAGUGAAAAAGAAGAAGCGAUCGCGGGACAAGAAACGCGACAAGGACAAGGAAAUUCAGUCCAGUUUGAUGGUUGCAUGUUUGAAACGUCUGCUUCCGGUUGGUUUGAAUCUGUUCGCUGGCAAGGAGCAGGAAUUGGUGCAACACUGCAAGGAUCGUUAUCUCAAGAAAAUGCCCGAAUAUGAGGUGGUUGAGUUCGCACACACUCAGCUGACACUUCCCGACAAACUGGAUCCUGCCGAUGAAAUGUCCUGGCAGCACUACCUGUACUCCAAACUGGGCAAGAAGGAAGACGUUGUCGUACAGGACGCGCUGGAUAAAACCGAUAAAAAACCUGGAAACAAGAUCGAAGACACCGUCGAACGAAUCGUCGCGAUGGCCAAAGUUUUGUACGGAUUACACAUGAUUGACCACCCACAACAACAAAGUAAAAAUGUUUAUAGAAGUUGUGUCUCGAUACAGAGAAAACGAGCGGUUAUUGCUUGUUUCAGACAAGUCUCCUUACACUCACUGCCAAGGCAUCGUGCUUGCAACAUUUUCGGUAGAACCUACUCGGAGCUGUGGCUGGAGGACGAAAAUGUCGGUCAGGAAGUUAUGAUUGAAGAUCUCACGCAAACCUUCGAAGAUGCGGAAAAGAAAAAGGAAGAGGAAGAGGAAGAAGGUAAACCGGAUCCGUUGACUCAAUUGGUCACUACCUUCUGUCGGGGUGCGAUGACCGAGCGAAGUGGCGCCCUCCAGGAGGAUGCUUUAUACAUGUCCUACGCGAGUAUCAUCGCGCGUUCUUGCGGAGAAGAAGAGGAAGAAGGCGGCGAUGAAGAGGAAGGUGGCGGUGGAGGUGAAGACGAAGGUGGUGCCAGCAUUCAUAAAAUGGAGAAACUUGUGGAGCAAGAAAUGGAGAAACAAAAGCUACUGUUCCACCAGGCCCGUCUAGCGAACCGUGGCGUUGCGGAAAUGGUCCUGCUGCACAUAUCAGCCUCGAAAGGAGUUCCGUCCGACAUGGUGAUGGGGACACUACAGCUGGGCAUUGCCAUUCUACGUGGCGGUAACAUCGACAUCCAGCUGGGUAUGCUGAACCAUCUCAAGGAGAAGAAGGAUGUAGGAUUCUUCACUUCAAUCGCCGGUUUGAUGAACUCUUGCAGCGUUCUCGAUCUGGACGCCUUCGAGCGUAACACCAAAGCCGAAGGUCUGGGAGUUGGUGCCGAAGGAGCUGCCGGCGAGAAGAAUAUGCAUGACGCUGAAUUCACCUGUGCGUUGUUCCGAUUCAUUCAACUGACCUGCGAGGGUCACAAUCUGGACUGGCAGAACUAUUUGCGAACCCAAGCCGGCAACACUACUACAGUGAACGUGGUUAUCUGCACGGUCGAUUAUCUGCUGCGGCUUCAGGAAUCCAUCAUGGACUUUUACUGGCACUACUCCAGCAAGGAAUUGAUUGAUCCAGCAGGAAAAGCGAACUUCUUCAAAGCCAUCGGAGUUGCUAGUCAGGUAUUCAACACCCUCACUGAAGUCAUCCAGGGUCCGUGUACUCAGAAUCAGCAAGCGCUGGCUCACUCGCGUCUGUGGGAUGCUGUCGGAGGUUUCCUGUUCCUGUUCUCCCACAUGCAGGACAAGCUGUCGAAGCACUCCAGUCAAGUCGAUCUGCUGAAGGAGUUGCUAAAUCUACAGAAAGACAUGAUCACCAUGAUGCUCUCCAUGCUUGAAGGAAACGUUGUCAACGGAACUAUCGGUAAACAGAUGGUGGACACUCUGGUCGAGUCAGCAUCCAACGUAGAGCUUAUUCUCAAAUACUUCGACAUGUUCCUGAAACUAAAAGAUCUAACUUCGUCGCCUAGCUUUAUGGAGAUAGACGCCAACGGCGAUGGAUGGAUUCUACCGAAGGACUUCCGCGAAAAGAUGGAACAACAAAAGAGCUACACUCCGGAGGAAAUCGAUUUCCUGCUAGCCUGCUGUGAAACGAAUCACGACGGAAAAAUUGACUACAUCGGCUUCGUUGAUCGCUUCCACGAACCUGCCAAAGAGAUCGGCUUCAAUCUAGCGGUACUACUGACCAAUCUAUCCGAGCAUAUGCCCAACGAGCCACGUCUAGCACGCUUCCUGGAAACCGCCGGAUCUGUUCUGAACUACUUCGAAUCCUUCCUGGGUCGCAUCGAAAUCAUGGGUUCAUCCAAGCGAAUCGAAAGAGUGUACUUCGAAAUCAAGGAAGCCAACAUCGAACAGUGGGAGAAACCGCAGAUCAAAGAAUCCAAACGUGCCUUCUUCUACUCGAUCGUUACUGAGGGUGGCGACAAGGAAAAACUGGAGGCUUUCGUGAACUUCUGCGAGGAUGCAAUCUUUGAAAUGACGCACGCUUCAGGAUUAAUGGCCAGCGAUGACGAUGGAGGAAACGUACGACGUGAAGCCGCUUUUACAUAUAUCAGCGAAGAGGAGGAAGAACGGGCGGCAAAAGAUCCAAUCAAGCGUACUAUUCAAGCCGUCAAGGAUGGACUCUCUUACUCGGUAUACAUGAUCUCCCCGUCGAAUCUUAAGCACCAAAUCGCCGUUCUGCAGUCGAAAUCAUUCCCGGAAAUCAUCGUCGGCUUUUUCAAGAUGAUUUUCUACGCAUUCUACUACUCGGGUUACGGAGUGUCGAUUAUCAUCAAGUAUUUGGUAAACAUUCUGAUGUCACUCAUGCGUGGAUCGGCGCAAGAAGAGGAAGAAGUGAUUCAGGAAGUGGAACCGACAUUAGCAGCGUUACCGCCAUUACCAACGGAAGAACCACCGGGAACAGUGCAAGCUUUCGGACUGGAUAUCAGCAAAGAGGAAAACGGACAGUAUCGCGUACAGCCUCACGAGUCUCCUGCCAUUAGUCCAUCUUCGUCGGUUGAGGAGACCGGCGAAAGCAGUCCUGAAGAUGGUGGCGCCGAACCGUCGGCUGAAGCAGCCAGUACUGAACCGCCUAUGACUCUGGUUGACCUGCUAGGUGGCGAAGCAGCUAAACGUGCCGCACAGGAGAGAUCGGAGGCACAGAAAGCACAGGAAGCUACCUUAGCUAGCAUAGAAGCUGAAUCGAAGAAAGCUUCUGCGGAAACGAAGGAUCCUGCUGCAGUAAACCAGAUCGACUUCUCCAAGUAUACGAAGAAGGCUGUCAGCUAUCUGGCUAGAAACUUCUAUAAUCUCAAAUACGUUGCGUUGGUUUUGGCCUUCUGUAUCAAUUUCAUGCUGCUGUUCUAUAAGGUAACGACAUUUGGCGAUGAUGAACCAUCGGAAGGAUCCGAUGAAGAUUUAAUGGGAUUGGCUUCGGGACUAGGCUCCGGAUUGGUUGACGCAGCAAUAGAAGCGGGAAGUGGUGAAGGUGGUAGUGGAGAAGGAGGAGAAGAUGGCGAGGAUCCGCAUGAAAAGGUGGAAGUCGAUGAAGAUUUCUUCUACAUGGAACACGUGAUGCGGGUGGCCGCUGUCUUACACAGCUUGGUCUCGUUGGCCAUGUUGAUAGCUUACUACCACUUGAAGGUUCCACUAGCCAUUUUCAAGCGUGAGAAAGAAAUUGCUCGUCGACUAGAAUUCGAUGGUUUAUUCAUUGCUGAGCAACCGGAAGAUGAUGACUUUAAAUCGCACUGGGAUAAACUGGUAAUUUCCGCGAAAACCUUCCCCGUCAAUUACUGGGACAAAUUUGUGAAGAAGAAGGUCCGACAGAAGUACAGUGAAACGUAUGAUUUCGACUCGAUCUCGAACUUGCUGGGAAUGGAAAAGAACGCUUUCGCUGCUCAAGAAGACCAAGGAGGUGGUGGCUUUUUCCACUUCGUCGCUAACAUCGAUUGGAGAUAUCAAAUCUGGAAAGCUGGCGUCACGUUUACCGAUAACGCUUUCCUCUACUCGUUGUGGUACUUCUCGUUCUCGGUGAUGGGUAACUUCAACAACUUUUUCUUCGCAGCCCACUUGCUCGAUGUUGCGGUUGGUUUCAAAACGCUACGUACGAUCUUGCAAUCCGUUACUCACAACGGUAAACAGUUAGUUUUGACUGUGAUAUUGCUGACGAUCAUUGUGUACAUCUACACGGUAAUUGCAUUCAACUUCUUCCGCAAGUUUUACAUCCAAGAGGAUGACGACGGUGAGGAAGGGGAUCGCAAGUGUCACGACAUGGGAACCUGCUUUGUCUUUCAUCUUUACAAGGGCGUCCGAGCUGGCGGUGGUAUUGGUGAUGAAAUCGGUGACCCAGACGGUGAUGAGUAUGAAGUGUACCGCAUCCUGUUCGACAUUUCGUUCUUCUUCUUCGUCAUUAUUAUCCUGCUUGCCAUCAUCCAGGGUUUGAUCAUUGACGCAUUCGGAGAGCUUCGUGAUCAGCUGGAGUCGGUCAAGGAGGACAUGGAGUCCAACUGCUUCAUUUGUGGAAUAGGCAAGGACUACUUUGAUAAGGUGCCACACGGGUUCGACACGCACGUUGCUCAAGAGCAUAAUCUAGCGAACUAUAUGUUCUUCCUUAUGCAUUUAAUCAAUAAACCGGACACCGAGUACACUGGCCAGGAAACGUACGUGUGGAACAUGUACCAACAGAGGUGCUGGGACUUCUUCCCGGUUGGUGACUGCUUCAGAAAGCAGUACGAGGACGAAUUGAGCGGAGGCGGAAGUUAAUUUUUUGUAAAAAACUUAGAUGCAGCAACAAACGAACAAAACCAAAACAAACUAACCUAACAAUCAAAGUGUAGAAGAUGGUUUUUAAAGACAUAUUUUGAAAUCCGUUUAAGCGUAAAUCAAGAAAUAUUCCAAGUAACCUUACGAUCAAAAGCACAUUUUUCGUAGCUAAAGAAAAUUUUAGGAGAAGAUAACUUUGUGAAAAUCAAUCAACCUAACUAGGGAAAAUGUAAUUUUUGAAGUCAACAUCCAAACUCGUGAUCAAUUUAACACUCUAUCGAAAUCUUGAAAUGUUCCAUAACAACAACCACAACACGACUACGUGACUGCACGCUACACACUGAGUACGCCCAGAAAUAUUGAGCGAAACGACCAAGUAGAAAAUGCUACAAGCACAUGUACAGAAUGUUUUACGAACGAAGUCUAUAUUUAAUUUCGGAAAAUAACAUGCGAUAAAAAAUAUUAUUUGUUUGUCUACAUUGGAGAAAAAAACUGAGAUGUUUUAUUUCUAAUCGUUGUUCUGAUAAUUCUUACCUACUAUAUGCAACCAUUAUUAGAACAAGAAGAACAAUUUGAUGGCGACUAGACGGACAAGAGAGCUAUUGAAACUGUAGUUAUUAUUACAUUUUUAUCUUGUUAAAAGAUUUUAAACAAAUUUAACAAUAAAACAGAUCGAUUACUUAUGAAUGGA